GCGAGCACGCUUAAAAGCCUCAGCGCGUUUUACCGCAGUAUCACUGGACUUACCCGCGCGCGCUGCGACACUCCGUCCGGUUUUCAGGGGGGAGGAAAAAAAGGUUUGCUCGUUCACUGAGCCACGCGCAAUUUUUCGUUAAUAUCAUUUUAAACCACAACAGGUGGACGGCCGCUAUUUCCCCGAGGCACAUUUCAUUUGAGGUCGCCGACAUUUUUUUCUUUUCUCGUCUCCAUUCGCCGGGACCGGACGGAUUGCCUCAGGGCGCGCGGUGUUCCGUUAUUACACGGUGCUGUCUCCUACUUCCAUCUUCGCCUAGUCAGUAAUUUCUCCAUCCGCGCCGCGAGUCGUAGCGUGUAGUACACCAGACCCCCUCUGCCCGAAACCAUGGCCAAGGAAGACGACAAGGGAGGCAACGGAGGAUGGAAGGAGUUCUUCUGGAACCCACGGACGCACGAGGUGAUGGGGAGGACGGCGAGCAGCUGGGGCUUGAUUAUCCUGUUCUACAUUGUCUUCUACACGUUCCUGGCUGGGAUGUUCGCCCUGACGAUGUACGUGAUGCUCCUCACCCUUGAUGACUACAACCCCACCUGGCAGGACCGCCUUGCUGUCCCAGGUAUGAUGAUCCGACCAAAGACGAACAUGUUGGAGAUUACUUACAAGAUCGAGGACACUGAGAGCUGGGACGCUUAUGUUCAGAAGCUGGACAGCUUCCUUGCCCCCUACAACAACUCCGUGCAGGCCCUGAACAAUGACGUGUGCAACCCGGACGUCUUCAACAUCCAGGAGGACAGCGGAGAGGUGCGCAACAACCCCAAGCGCUCCUGCCAGUUCAACCGCACCAUGCUGGGCGAGUGUGCCGGCCUGCCUGACGAGAACGGCGUCCGCGACAGCUACGGCUAUGCCACCGGACAGCCCUGUGUCUUCAUCAAGCUCAACCGGGUCAUCGGGAUGCUGCCGGGCAAGGGACAAUCUCCCUAUGUCACCUGCGGGGCUAAGAGGGAUGAUAGUGCUGAGCUGGGAGAGAUGGCGUACUACCCCAACAACGGGACCUUCAACCUCAUGUACUACCCCUACUAUGGCAAGCGAGCACAGGUGAACUACUCCCAGCCCCUGGUGGCCGUCAAGUUCCUGAACGUGACCUUCAACCAGGACCUGAACAUCGAGUGCAGGAUCAACUCCGACACCAUCACCAACGUCAACCAGGAGAGGGACAAGUUUGCGGGCCGCGUGUCCUUCAAGCUGAGAAUCAACAAGAACCAAUAAGUGGCUCCGUUCCCGUUCCCGUUUCUGCCCCCGCCCCUGUCCCGACCCACACACUUCCUGCCAAACAAAACAAAAAAAAAUGCACGUGCGCAGCACCUACACACGCACACACACACAAACACACACACACACACACAGAAAAAAACAAUGCACACACAGAUGCAACACAGACACAUACACAACUCUUCAACACACACAAAUGUUGCAGUUUUACACACAUAUCACACACGUACACGCGUCUAUACUCUUCAAAUAUAUGAAUCAGCAUACAUUUAUACGUUUACAGUUUACAUACACAUAAAUAUACACACACACACGGACACACAUAGACACACGCACAUAAUUCUCUGCACGCACAAACGCUCGCACAGUCAAGCAAUGUUUUCUACCUGUGUCCUCUCCUCACCUGUAGUGAUUGUGACCUUUCCCACACUUACUACUUCCUGUGUCAGAGGGCGCAAGGGUUGCUGGGUAGCGUAGUUUGAGCAUCCCAGUGGUCAGUCCUUUCCUCUUUGGUUUCAACCUCUGUUCAUUCUACAGCAGAGAGAGAGAGAAAGGACCCCCACCUCCUUAGUGUGUGGCGUAUGUGUUUAUGCGUGUGUCUCUGUGUGUGUUUGGUGGUGUGUGUGUGUGUGCGCGCGGGUAUGUGCGUGCAUGUGUGUGCGCGUGUGUCUCCAUUGAUAAUCUGACAAACCGUUUACUGCAUUGUUCACCCCACUAACAGUUCCUGCCAAGACAUCCAAUCACAGCUCACCCAAUCAGAAGCAGGAGGAGGGACUUAAGUUAGUAAGAAUGUGGUGGUGAUUGGUUUGUGACCAAGGGCACACAGCAUUAUGGAUAACUCCAUUUAGCCAUAUAAGUCUGCUACACCAAUGAUAUUACACUUGUGAAAAUCAGAUGAGUUAUGUUGUAAGCAACUGGAGUUCUUUUUUGCGGAUCUUGUGAGGUGUUUCGUCCCUGACCUGAGGGACCUCAGCUCAGCUGUGGUGUGUUUUGUCAGCAUCAGACCUACAGGUAGUGGUAAACCUGCUAAUAGAUAGACUGCAGGUGUCAUUUAAUUAAGAAAACAAGGCCUCCAUGCUCUUCUAUUAGAUGAUUUACCACUACCACAAUGUUACAUCAGUAGUUUACAACUACCACAACUAAGCCAGAUUCUUGGAAUACCCCCCAAGCAGUCCAGAACUGAGGAAGCCUCUAAUUUAAUGGAGAUCUUUCAAACGUCUUUCAAUGUGCUUAA